AUGAAGGCCACCACGCUCACCGCGCUGGGCCUCGCCGCGUCCGGUGCCUCGGCGCGCUGGCACGAGGCCGACGGCGCCACGAUCCGGUACUCGACGGUCUCGGGCUACUUUUUGCAGGACGAGCCGACGACGAACCCCAGCGGCUUCGACUACGCGGCGUGGAACUUUGGGCUGCUCAACCGCACGUAUCCCACUGACGGCUGGGGCCAUCACCAACCGAGCUCGGGCUCGGUCGCAUCAACGCAGUGGCAGCGCUUCGCCCGCUGGGUCGACUACCUCAACAGCAACUGCCGCAACGACGGGCGCACGCGGUACAAGGUGCUCGUCAUGGGCCGCCACGGGCAGGGCUGGCACAACGUGGCCGAGACGUACUACGGCACGCCGGCGUGGAAUUGCUACUGGGCAGAGCUCGAUGGCAACGGCACCGCGACCUGGGCCGACCCGCUGCUCACCGCGCAGGGCGCCGCCGAGGCCAGCCGCGCCAACGCCUACUUCGCCAGCCGGCUGCGCGACCACGGCAUGCCGGCCUUCGACUCGUACUACUCGUCGCCGCUCAAGCGGUGCAUCCAAACCGCCGACGGGACCUUUUCGUCGCUGCACCUCCCCGCGGGCAAGCCCUUCCGGCCGACCAUCAAGGAGCUGUUCCGCGAGGGCAUCAGCAUCCACACGUGCGACCGGCGCAGCACGCGGCGCGAGAUCCGCGCCUUCGCGCCCGCCAGCUUCCGCUUCGAGGAGGGCUUCACCGAGGAGGACGAGCUGUGGCAGGGCGCGCAGAGCAAGGGCGAGACGGAGGCCCACGAGCAGGCGCGCAGCAAGACGGUGCUGGACGACGUGUUUGCGCACGACGACGGCACGUGGCUCAGCGUGACGAGCCACAGCGGCGAGAUCAGGUCGCUGCUGGCGGUGCUGGGCCAUCGCGAGUUCGGGCUCGGCACGGGCCAGAUCAUCCCCGUGCUGGUGCGCGCCGAGGCCGUCAGGGGUGGUGGUGGGAGCCCGCCGCCGGGGACGACGACGGCGCCCGGGUUCACGUUUGAGGCGACGUGCACGGCGCCGCCGGUGACGAGCAUCGCGGGCCAGGGCUGCGUGUGCUCGACGACGGGCGGGGUGCCGGCGCUGGCGAGCGCGACGCCGACGCCAUCGCUGAGGCAGAUGUGA